GUUGCAGUGGGCACUGUGCCAUAUUAUACAAACAUCGUCUCAUUUAAUCCUCAUUUCAGACUUGAGGCAGUUUGUCAGUUAAGAAUUGCACACAACUGACUGUCGGAGUGCAGUGUUUAUCAUUCAUCACAGCCAGUUGGUCACAGCUGUCCUUGUUCCUCCCACGGCUUCACUUGACCAGCCUAAAAAAAUUUUUGCACACAACCGCAAGUAAGUAAUAGCGACCAGAAAUAACGGGGUCUUAGACAAGAGAGAGCUUUCUUUUCUUUCCCACAUAGAAGCCGUCGGGAGGGAAGCCGUGUGGGAAACCGGAACCAUUAGAAGAUGCCAACCAAGCGGGCGGAGCCGGUCACCGUCCUCAGCCUUCGGAGGUUGAGCCUGGGAGCCCCAGAGCCACAGCCGAAAGAGCCCAAGACUUUCACCGUGGAAGAUGCCGUGGAGACCAUCGGAUUCGGGCGCUUCCACAUUGCCCUGUUCCUCAUCAUGGGCAGCACUGGGAUUGCCGAGGCCAUGGAGAUCAUGUUAAUAGCGGUUGUGUCUCCCGUCAUCCGCUGUGAAUGGCAGCUGGAGAAUUGGCAGGUGGCGUUAGUGACCACGAUGGUGUUUUUUGGCUACAUGGUCUUCAGCAUCCUCUUUGGCCUCCUGGCUGACAGAUAUGGCCGCUGGAAGAUUUUGCUCAUCUCGUUCCUGUGGGGAGCCUACUUCUCCUUGCUGACCUCUUUCUCUCCCUCGUACAUCUGGUUUGUCUUCCUGCGGACGAUGGUGGGCUGUGGCGUGUCUGGCCAUUCACAAGGGCUGAUCAUAAAGGCGGAAUUUUUGCCCACGAAAUACCGAGGCUACAUGCUCCCCUUGUCCCAGGUUUUCUGGCUCGCUGGCUCCCUGCUCAUCAUCGGCCUGGCCUCUGUGGUCAUCCCCACCAUCGGGUGGCGCUGGCUCAUCCGCAUCGCCUCCAUUCCUGGCAUCGUCCUCAUCUUGGCCUUCAAGUUCAUCCCUGAAUCUGCUCGGUUCAAUGUCUCCACCGGGAACACGCAGGCGGCCCUGGCUACGCUGCAACACAUCGCCAGGAUGAACCGCUCGGCCAUGCCCGAGGGGCAGCUGGGGGAGCCCAUCCUGGAUAAAAGAGGAAGGUUUGCAGACCUGUUGGAUGCUAAAUAUUUGCGGACCACGUUACAGAUCUGGGUCAUAUGGCUGGGCAUCUCUUUCGCCUACUACGGGGUCAUCCUGGCCAGCACCGAGCUGCUGGAGCGGGACCUGGUCUGUGGUUCGAGGUCCGAGUCCGAGGCGAUGGUGAGCAUGGGGGUCUCAGAGGAGAGCCAGAGCCCCUGCUACUGCCACAUGUUUGCCCCCUCCGACUACCGGACCAUGAUUAUCAGCACCGUUGGUGAAAUUGCCCUGAAUCCUCUGAACAUCCUGGGCAUUAAUUUCCUGGGCAGACGGCUGAGCCUGUCUAUCACCAUGGGCUGCACAGCUUUAUUCUUCCUUCUCCUCAAUAUUUGCACUUCAAGUGCCGGCCUCAUCGGCUUCCUCUUUAUGCUGAGGGCUUUGGUGGCUGCCAACUUCAACACCAUCUACAUUUACACCGCUGAGGUCUACCCCACCACAAUGCGCGCUUUGGGGAUGGGGACCAGCGGCUCUCUGUGUCGCAUUGGAGCAAUGGUGGCACCAUUUAUAUCCCAGGUUCUGAUGAGCGCAUCGUUGCUGGGGGCCCUGUGUCUUUUCUCAUCCGUCUGUGUUGUGUGUGCCAUUUCAGCAUUUACUCUCCCCAUUGAGACCAAAGGUCGGGCCCUACAGUUUUUGGUGACAAGGAUGGAAGUUGACUGCUAAUGGCCUGCAGGACAAGACACACAGGCGAGAAGCCCACUGAACCUUUUGAGUUCACUGUUCCUCUCGUCAAAGCUGAGGGCCGUUGGUAAGUCACUCUUGGAUUUGAGCUCCACUCCCUUGUGUGUAGCUCUCCAAUCUAAACACUUUAUUUAAAAAAAAUAUUGUUCCCGGAAAGGUUCCAGGACAGUUAUAGUGGAAGUCUGCGGUUAGUGGUAGCUGUUAGGAAACUCAAAGCCUACAGCAUAAACUAAACUACUGGGAGACUUGGGGAACUAAAUUAAGAUUGUUUUAACCAAUGGCACAACAAAAUCUAAGUAGGCAUACACCAGACAAGUAAAAGCCAUUAGGGCGUCUGACACUAUAAAGAAAGCUUCUCAGGAAAGGAAUAAUAAAUCUAUUGCUAAUAGGAAUCUCGGAAGCCAAAGCUGAAAAAUGGUAGACACAGGUCAAACACUUGUAAGACGUUAGAGUACUCACCACUAAAUCUAAGCCUUCUGUGCUAGGAUAAGUUGGUUGUGGAAUACAUUCGAUUGAAAUUAGUUCACCUGCUAAACUGAAGAAAAAUUCCAGUGAGGUACACUGUAAAACACCACACAAUUCCCGACCCAGUGGCAUUUCCCUCUUAGAUAUUCAUUUGGCUUCGAGGUGGGGAGCCAUUUUUCUGCUAAGGGACAUAUGGAUAUUUAUAACAUCAUUUGAGGACCAUACAAAAUUAUCAACUGUAGAUAUUUACAAAAAUGGCAACUCUUACUGCAACAACCUAACAUUACAAUGACCAUUAUGGCGAAUGUUCUAAUUAGAUAAGAUCAUUUCCUUACGAAGUGCACAUGAAAGUAAGGGUUUCCAGAUCAACCAGAAUGGAAUGCCUAUUUUAGUUGGUAUGCAGAACCCACCCCCCGCAAAGGAUUCAAAAUUCCAAAAGGCUAAAUGAAAAA